UGUCGAACGCACGUCGCUCGUCCCCGCGAACGCGCGAUCACAUUACGGAACCUGUGGAUUUCUAGAUUUCCUAGUGAAGUGCACUAACUAAAUAAAUAUAGUUGUUUAUUAACUACUACUGUGUGUGUGUGGAUUUGACAUUUGGAUUUCAAAAGUUUUCAACAAACUCUGCGCUGAAUAAAUAAAAGAGCCGUGAGCGGAGUAGACAUAAAGAUUUCAAUCUUCGAAUCUACAGUUCCUAUCACCACGUUUAUUCCGAUAGAUUGUGAGGAGACGUCAAGAUUAUGGAAGUCAACAAAUUCCCAUGGACGCGUUACGUAUGAAUGAAGAUAAACCGACUGGUUUCUGAAAGAAAAAGAGUUUUCAGACGAAACUGAAACAAUAGUCAUGUGAAGGAAACAUUAAAACUUGAUGCAAACUGUCAUAUCUACUAAGCAUAUCUUGGAACGCUAAAAGCUUACAUAUCUGAUUCCUUUUAUGCUAGUCACCAUUUGUGAUUAAUCUAGAUAGUAAAGAAUUGCUCAAAUUUUAUAAUUUAAGUUCUAUAAGACUCGAAGUAUUGAAAUGUAUAAAAUUUAGAGAAGUUGUAGAUGAGUGAGAGAAUAAAGAUGAAGUUCUUCAGUAUGCUGUUCUUAAGAAGACGCACAUGGAUACUAAAGGCAGUGCUGGUGUUAACGGCGUUAUGGUUCAUGGUAGCACUGCUGACUACCAAUGGUAGUAGGAAUUCCUUAGUUGCACCGCCGAUAGAAUAUGAGGACGCGGAGGCGAAACCGUACAAGAUGGCGAAACCUACGUCCGUGAAGAAGAAAAGCGAUAAUUAUGGAAAUAAUCUGUCGGAUGCAAAGAAACGGAUCAAUUGGAUGGCUCGGAUUGCUUCUAAAAAUGAAGAAGGUCUAGGUGUACUAGCGGCGCCUGGAUCAGACAACGCACCAGGAGAAUUAGGAAAGCCUGUGGUUCUUCCGAAGAACGUCAGUGAAGAAACAAAGGCUGCUGUAGCUGAGGGGUGGAAGAAGAAUGCGUUCAACCAGUACGUCAGCGAUCUCAUAUCGAUUAGGAGGAAACUGCCGGAUCCUAGGGACGAAUGGUGCAAAGCACCAGGGCGUUUCCUCAAAGAUCUCCCGCAGACGUCCGUCGUGAUCUGUUUCCACAACGAAGCCUGGUCCGUACUGUUACGGACCGUCCACUCCGUGCUCGACCGAUCGCCGGAGCAUUUGAUCAAGGAGAUCGUGCUUGUGGAUGACUUCUCUGAUAUGCCUCACUUGAUGCAGCAAUUAGACGACUACAUGUCGUCCCUGCCGAAAGUGCGGAUAGUCCGAGCUCCGCGCCGGGAAGGUUUAAUCAGGGCCCGCCUGCUCGGGGCGCGAUACGUGACUGCGCCGGUCCUCACCUAUCUAGACAGCCAUUGCGAGUGUACUGAAGGAUGGCUUGAACCUCUACUGGACAGGAUAGCGCGAAACAAAACUACAGUCGUAUGUCCCGUCAUCGACGUAAUCGACGAUAACACUCUUGAAUACCACUACAGAGACUCCACGUCCGUCAACGUUGGAGGAUUUGACUGGAACCUUCAAUUCAAUUGGCACCCAGUGCCAGCCAGAGAGCGUGCCAGGCAUGUCAAUACUGCUGAAGCAGUAUGGUCCCCAACUAUGGCUGGUGGGCUAUUCGCAAUUGACAAAGAAUUCUUCGAAAGAUUGGGAACGUAUGACAGUGGCUUCGACAUUUGGGGAGGCGAAAAUUUGGAGUUGUCCUUCAAAACGUGGAUGUGCGGUGGGACGCUAGAAAUCGUACCCUGCUCGCAUGUUGGACACAUAUUCAGGAAACGAUCUCCGUAUAAGUGGAGGACUGGUGUUAACGUGUUGAAGAAGAAUUCAGUUCGGCUUGCUGAGGUAUGGUUGGAUGACUACGCAAAAUACUACUACCAAAGAGUUGGCAACGAUAAAGGCGACUUCGGCGACGUCAGUGGCCGAAAAGAGCUGAGGAGAAAACUACAAUGCAAAUCCUUCGAGUGGUAUCUUAAAAACAUUUAUCCUGAACUCUUCAUCCCUGGCGAGUCAGUGGCCCAUGGCGAGAUCGCGAACCGCGGAUUGGAUACAUGCCUCGACUCCGCCGCCGGUCCAGAAGACAUGAAGAAGCCGGUCGGCGCCUGGCCUUGCCAUGGGGACGGAGGCAACCAGUACUGGAUGUACUCGAAAACGGGUGAGAUUCGCCGUGACGAGACGUGUCUGGACUAUUCGGGGCACGACGUGGUCUUGUACCCGUGCCACGGGGCCAAAGGCAACCAGCUGUGGCUCUAUGAUGAAAAAUCGAAGCUACUGAAGCAUGGUUCCAGCGAAAAAUGCAUGGCGAUAUCGGAAAACAAGUCCAAAAUCAUCAUGGAGUCCUGCAACGAAGAUGAAAUCCGGCAACUGUGGACCCUCGAAAACUUCCGCCCCGACAGACUGGGCCCAGAACUUAUGUUUAUUUAAACCGAUAGAGUGGGUUCAGAACUAUUGUUCAUUUGAACAACGAAUGGACCCACUGCUACUAUUGAUAUAAAUAUGGACAUUUUGAAAUUGGACAGAAAUAUGUGUCUUAGUGUUUAUAAUGAAAUUAUUAUUAAUGAUUCACUUGUUGUUGAAAGCAAUGUGUGCAUAUCUGUGUUUAAAUUUAAAAGUGAUUUUAAUGACGGACUAGUUAAAUGAAAUAAUGAACCGGUAAGACCAUAUUAUGAUGACACUAAUGAAAGGUGAUUAGAAGUUUUGGGAAAUAGUGAUGGAACAGUAUUUCAUUCCGUUGUUGCUGAAGCCGUGUUGAUGUUGUAAUAUGAAUAAAAUGCAUUUUCACUAAAAUAAUAAUCUAUAAUUAAAAAGAGAUUGUGAACAUUUUAGUGAAAAGGUAUUAGGAAAUGUAAUGAAUGUAGGUCCAUAGAUUCAUGAUUUAAUCCCUUUCGAUUAAACGGGUGAUGUAAGUCGAUGUACCUAUUUGUAAAGUUUAAAUAGUGAUGCAGUUUUUGGCCUAAAUUAUAGGUUCCUCGAGGGCGAUUCGACUCGUAUCUGUCAGGUUGUCAUAGCGACAUUUCUGAUUGAAGAUAUGACACUGUUGACCGCUGACAGACCAUACCCAAAACCGUUUUAUAACAAGAUUAUUAAAUUCGAAUCGCCCUCUUUGAUUUCUGUGCCAGUGAAUAUUCAGUAAAACUGUGUAAUUGUUUGAUAUUUAACUCCCAUUUCAAUUCCAAUGGAAAACUAGAAAUCUCAUUGGUGUAUUUAUUUAAUUUAGUAGGUUUUUAAUUGAAUUGGAUUUUAUAUUGGCAUUAAUAAUUAUAGUACCUAUUGUUAUUUUUUGUUCUUCUAUUUCGUUGUGUUAUGAAUACGUAUUUUAUGAAAUUAUUUAGCUAAAGAGAGUAAAAAUUUAAAAUGUUUGUACAUAUCUUGAAAUACAUAUGAUUUUUAUAAAUACAUAGUUACAUAAAUAAAGGCUUCAUAAGUAUUGCUAACGUAGCAAUAGUAACAGAUAUUUGUAUAUUUCGAUUUGUGAUUUGACUACAAAACUAAACUUUGAUAGGGUAACGAUACAAAAGUAUGAAUAUUAUUUCACUUUUAUUUAGAAUAGGUAUAGUUUUUGUUUAUUAAGUUAUUUUUAGAUCGAAUUUAUUUUCUUGUACAGUCGCCAUCAGAUAUAUUUGAGCGGCUAAGGUACUCACAAAUAUCUGAACACGCCUCUAUUUUCAAGGUGUGUGUUCAGAUAUUUUUGAGUACCUCAGGCGCUCCAGUAUAUCUGAUAGCGACUUUACUUGUAAUGACUACGGAGAAAUCGUAACUAAAAUUGACUGAAAUUACGUAGAAUAGUUCAACUUUUUCUAGAUGCUCUUCGUCUAAAAUACUUAAAAUAAAUAGUUCAAAUGUAAGGUAACAAUAGUGACAACCGUUCACAUACAUAUCUAAAGCAUAUCUGUAUUUUAUUAUAUCAAUUCAACAAUAUAAUUACUUUUACCAAUUGAUGAACAAACCAAUAAGGAAUUCCAUUUAUAUCAACUUGUUGGUUUUAAUAACAUCUAAAAUUGAGUUUUUGUACAAAAUGUCCUGAAAAUAAUUUACCGACUUUAAUUGUUAUUCCAUAUCCAUAGUCCUAUCAACAGGGUCUGGGACUCAUUGCGUUAUCUUUAUUCUUUAUUUUCCAUUGUUAUAAGAUACUUUAACAUUCCUACAACCAUGUGAUUCAAUUGAAUAGUAAUAACUACUAGAGCGUACAAAUUUAACUGCCUGUUAAUGUGAUGUGUUGAACGGCUACAGCUGCGAAAUGAACUUGAUCUAAACUAAACACAAAGGUUUUCCCUUCUUUUAAAUACUUGCAAUAGUUUCCUGUUUUGUCCUCUAGCCGCCCAUACGUCAAACCUUGCCAAGCAAAAUUAAAUUUUAUUUUGUCAACACAAAGUUCAAAUUAGAAUGGAAUAGGAGACCUUUUUAUAGGUACCCGGGCGGCUAGAGGUUAUGAAGUUGACAGUUUUGUAAAAAAACACGCAAUUAUUACAUACAAUAAAUAACCGAUUUGCAAGACCGAAGUGAUCCCAUAAGAGCGCUGCAAACAGUUUUGUGCGGUGCUCUAAAAUACAUGUUACCGUACACAGUACAAAAAUGAUUUUAGUUAUGGUUAUGUAAAAAGUUAACUCUUUUAUUUUUUUUUCGACCAAAUUGAAGUAUUUGGUCAAACAAAGAUAUUGCAAGCUGCACUACUGGUUAUACCGUGAGGGCAGUAGGGUAGAGUGGGGUACCGUGGAUCACGUGGGUCACAGUGAAUAAGUAGAUAUAUAUCUUAAAACUUUACUUGUACACAGAUAAAGGCUCUCUAUGAGACAUUUAUCCCAGGCAUAAAGUUUCAUAAAAAAAAGUCUUCAUUCAGAAUAUUGCGAUCGGUGUAAACAAGAUGUAAACACUUACAAAAUAAUUUGUAACUACCAAUAAGUAAAUUCUCCUAAUAACUUACCUUGUUUAGAUCAUUUACAUUUCGUGCAGCGCCGAGCUAUGUAAAUGCGCAGUGACAGUCGUGAUUAAUGUCAUUAAUUUAGGUGACAAUUAGAAGACAUCGGCCCAGUCAGCGUUCGCCAAAGUCAUUAAGGAUUGACAGCAGCGCUGUCAGCUCAAUUUUAACGUAAAUGAGAGUAAUUAGGGACUAUAAUUUAAUAGUGUUUUAUGAUUUAUAUUUUUUGGUUUGAUUUUAUCAAGCUUGUAAAAGCUUGUCGGAUUUUAUGAUACUGUACGGUCUUUAGUUUUUAAACGACAUUCGUCUUGGAGUUAGACCAAAAAAAGUCUGCAGCGAUUUUGAUAGCCCACGCCGUGCAAGUGCCGCCGAUGUUUGACGUUUAGAAUAAAAUCACUUGCACUGCGUGGGCUAUCAAAAUCGCUGCAGACUUUUCUUGGUCUAACUCCAGUACCUAUUAUAUAAGCAACGCUGACUGACGCGCACGCGUGUGACGGAUUUUAGCUACAAGGCACUCGCGCGCGUACGCUCGAAAUGGACUAGAAAAAGAAAUAUUUGUAACCUUUUUUUUUAACUUUUAUUGCGGAUUAGUGGAUAGGGUGUCGUUUAAAAACUCGUUUUAGUCAUUUAACCCUAGAAAAUAAAACUAUGAGUUAAGUACCUACUUUUGACUUGAUACCGAUAAAAUAAAUGAUAAAUAAAUAUUUUUGUGAGUGAUCGAUUAGUUUAAAUAAUGUUGUUUUACAAUGUUGUGUUAUUAAAAAUAAACUUUUAUAACUGCCAGUAGGUCUUCCUAAUAUCCAUAUCAACAUUAUGAUAUCAUAUAAAAAAAAGUUUAAAAUUUUUGUUGUUUUCAUAUAUUAUUAUACUUAAGCAUUUUUAGUUUUCCCCAGAAUACCAAACCGAUAUUAUUUAAAAAUUGCAAAAUUUUGGAAGACGUUUUUGCAUUAAUAUAUUCUCAUGCAGACAGUAUUUUUCGAUCCUUCAAGUAGGUAUUAUAAAUAAAUAAUAACCAUUUAAUUUUGUAUAUUUGACAUUCCGAGUAAGAUAAUAUAAUAAGACUCAUCCACAAUUUGAAUUUGGCUCCAUGACUUACUGAAUUGUAUUAGGUAUGCUGUGACAUAAUAUUAAUGUUUAAAUUUCAGCUAGAUAUUAUGAAAUUACUCAUGAACCACUCGUUAUAUUUAUCACGUUUGAAUGAUACGUAUCGAUUAUGUUUGUACUCCGCAGAUCUACCGAAUUAAGUUUUUGAACUGAAUGGAUAGAAUCACCGACUCACGGCGCGAUUCGGGAACUGAAUUAGACAUUCACUAGAUAUGAAAUAGUAACGAUAUGUGACGUUCCACGGCAAAAGGUACAUAUGGCCGCAAUAAUAUUGGAGCGGCGUUAAUAACAGCGUGAGCGCCAACCGCCAUAGGGUAACUUUUCCCGUGGAAUGUCACAUAUCGUUACUAUUUCAUAUCUAGUGAAUGUCUAAUCCAUUUCCCGAAUCGCGCCGUCAGAUGAGAUUUCGGUAGCUCAGUGGUUGGACCAGUGCCCCAGAGUCGCGAGUACGACUCUUGUCUGAAGCGAUGAGUUUAUAUAUUUUUUUCUCCUAAUUACUGGUUCAGACAAAAAAAUACAUAAUAUGUCCUAAUGUAUAUCCUGAAAUUGGUCCUAACUAGUUUGGAACAAGCUAUCUGGCAUAUUGUAUGGCACUUGUAACGACAACGUGUGGUAAUGUCAUUAUUAAUGUCAAAGUCAGUGCAAAGUUAGCCUAGACGGAAUGUAUAUUAUCUUUAUACAUAAUUAUUUACCUAAACAAUUAAUUUAUAACAUCACUCAAUCUAUAGUAAAAUGAGAUUAAUAUUAUAUUCGUGAUAUUACGACCGAAACAUACAGACCGCAGUUUUGUACUGUAAGUAAGUACACAUGUUGCAAUUGUUAUGUGAUUCGUAUAUUUUGGCCCUAAUAUUGUUGUACAUAACUAUAUGGUUCCAACUUCGUAUAUUUAGUAACUAUAAUUAAAUAUAAUUUCCUAAAAGUUGGAAACCUUUAGGUGUUAGUUCUUAUUAGGGAGUUAUUAAACGUGCCUUAUAUCUUUUACUUAGUUAAUUAAUAUAAUUGAAUGUUGAAAUUUCUGUAUAUAACGCGAUGUCUCCAAUGAUGUAUUAUACAUAGUAUCAUAGCGUAAUUAUGUUAGAUGGCGAUAAUAUAGUGUUUGUAAAAUAAAACAUUAUGUUGGAUUUGUACAAA